AGGUGACUAGAGACCAAAUGUUAGACAGAGACAGAUGAAAAAAAGCUGUAAAGCAAAGGGCUCUGAAGUCGGACCUGAAUUUGAGAGAGAGAGAGAGAGAGAUUAGCAGCGAGGAAAUAGAAAUGGCGCCAGAAGCAUAUCCAAUGAAUGGUGGAGAUGAUACUUACAGCUACACCAAGAACUCUAACUAUCAGAGAGACGCAACAAAUUUUGUGAGCGAAAUAAUGAAAGCAGCAAUUGCAGAGAAGCUUGAUGUAAAAAGCCUCACUUCUACUUCAAACACAUUGCGCAUAGCAGAUUUGGGAUGUUCAGUCGGGCCAAAUACCUUCGUGGCUAUGCAGAAUGUACUGGAAACCAUGGAAAAAAAUUACCAUUCUCAAGGCCUCGGUUCUAAAAUGCCGGAAUUUCAUGUGUUCUUCAAUGACCAUGCUUCCAAUGAUUUCAAUACUCUUUUCAGCUCUCUCCCUCCAGAUAGGCAAUACUUUGCUACUGGGGUGCCAGGCUCCUUCCAUGGUCGGUUAUUCCCGGAAUCCUCUCUCCAUUUUGUGCAUUCCUCUUAUGCACUCCAGUGGCUCACUAAGGUUCCUGAAGAGUUGCUGGAUGAAAACUCUCGCGCGUGGAAUAAGGCAAGAAUUCACUACGCAUGUGCCAAAGAGGAAGUUGCCAAUGCUUACGCAGCUCAAUUUGAAAAGGACAUGGAGAUCUUUCUGAAUGCUAGGGCUAAAGAGACUGUGGUUGGAGGGAUGAUGGUACUAAUCUUGCCUGGUCACCAAGAUGAUAUUCAUCAUUCUCAGGUCUUAGCAUGUCUAUUAUAUGAUUUUCUUGGGUCCUGCCUCAUGGAUAUGGUCAAUGCCGGAUUAGUCGGUGAAGCUGAAGUGGAUUCAUUCAACUUGCCUGUGUAUUUUCCAUCCCCCAACGAGAUGGCACCGCUGGUAGAACGAAACGCGUGUUUCAGUAUUGAGAGAAUGGAGAUGAUGAGACCCAGGUCAAACACGGACAUUGCAAUUGAUGCACAGACUUUAAUAAUGCACCUAAGAGCCGGCAUGGAAGGGGUUUUCACCAAACAUUUUGGGCGUGAAAUUGUUGAUGAAAUGUUUGAAAGGGCUUUCCAAAAAAGUCCAGCUGAGUUUUCCCGCCUGCUGGACCUGAGCAGCACACUAAAUUCCCUACUGUUUCUUGCUCUGAAGCGCAAGUAAUGUGAGUUGUGGAUGUUCUUGGCCUCCUCGAUCAUCAGGGUAACAUACUACAGUGCGAUCUUUUACUUUUUCUAUUUUCCUCAUGAGAACUUAUACUAUGUUUAGAGAAAAAAUAAGUUAUCUUGAAGUUGGCUUGAACUAAAUAAAUCUUGAAAUGGAUACUGAUUGACUAGAACACAAA